AUGCAUGUUGUUAGGCUGAUCUCUCCAGUUUAUGUGCUGCUGUUUAUAACAGAGUUCUGUCAAUUUGCAGCCAUAGUAUAUGCGUCAUUAGUGCGCUUCAUGCUUGGUGCAUUCGUACUCAGGUUAUUUUCACAUACUUACAACCUUUCAGUGGCUCUGAGCGUGUUCCUCACGCCAACUCUGCUCAUUCUCCAUCAUCCGAAUUUGGCUGCUAAAUUCAUCAAGAAGAAGGCCAGAACGAUGCAUGUCUCUCCAAUGGACGCCAGUGCCACAACGGCCACCUAUUUCGGCGAACUCAAGAAGAUGUGGAGGUGACUUGUUCCAUCUCGAACCCCAGCAGGCACCAUGACAAAUCGAUUUGGAAUGAUAUGUGUACAUAUGAUUCAAAUGUGCAUCAUCUCUCAUUCGAUCUGUCAAAGAAAUUUUCAUGAGAUGAGAUUUCAGAAUUUCCACAUUUGUUGAAGAAGAUAUAUAUGUCGUGACCUCUUUGUGAACAUAGCAUGAAUCAUAUCAUGACAAAUCAGCACACCUUUGUUCAGCCGCUGUUGAACUAAAGAGCUUUUGCAUUGUUUCCGUGUC